AUGACAUCACGACCCAGCCCAGGCUCCCUUCCUUCCACAGACCAGGCAAAAGGAGGAAUGGACUCAGCAAAAGGAUUCCCCCACAUUAUAUCCCCUGAUUUGCUUUAUGCUUUGGCGAGAAUGGGGCACGGGGAUGAAAUUGUACUUGCUGAUGCCAGCUUCACAACAUCCUCAGUAUGUCGCUUUGGCCCAACAGAAAUAAGAGCCGAUGGUCUUGGAAUUCCAGAACUACUCCAGGCCAUUCUAAAACUCUUUUUGGAUACCUACGUCAGCUGCCCAGCAGCCGUAAUGGACCUGGUGAGCAAGGAUAAAGAAAAGGGCGUCCGCACUCCAGUCUGAGACAAGUAUCAGGAAUUAUUGUCCAAUGCUGGUUGUGGAGCCGUGGGCAUUGUUGGAAAGACUAACGUCUAG